UCUCAUUCGCACUGUGAGCACGCGAAGGUCAGACUGCAGCCUGCCUACCCCUCGCACUGCCUGCCACACCUACACAGGAUGACCAGCAGGGGGCAGUGUGUGGGACAAGAUGAGCCACUAAGCAAGAGUGGCCGGAUGCAUCCCUGUGGUUGGAUCAUUGAAAACUUGCAGCUUACACUCACUGUGCUGGGUGUGGUCCUGGGCUCCGUAUUUGGAAUGAUGCUGCGAUACAUACCAGACCUGGAUUCCAGCUCGCUGAUGCUCGUCUCCUUUCCUGGUGACAUCCUGAUGAGGAUGCUGAAGAUGCUUAUACUCCCUCUUAUAAUCUCCAGCCUGAUUACAGGAUUGGCUGGGCUGGAUGCCCGCUCCAGUGGCAGGAUGGGUACCAGGGCCAUGAUCUACUACCUGUCCACAACAAUUAUUGCAUCAAUACUGGGGGUCAUACUGGUUUUGGGGAUCCACCCAGGGAAUCCUCACCUCAAAUCCCAAGUGCACACAGCCCUGAAGAAUCAGGAGGUCAGCAGCCUCGAUGCCUUCCUGGACCUCAUCCGGAACCUGUUCCCAGAGAACUUGGUCCAGGCCUGUUUCCAGCAGGUUCAGACGGUAGCUGUGCCAGUCCAGAACCAGACUGAACCCGCCAAGAAGAAACUGGAGCUGAAAUGGGGCAUGAACGUGCUGGGCCUGAUUGGCUUCUUCAUCACCUUUGGCGUGUGCAUGGGCAGGAUGGGCGAGAGAGCAAAGGCCAUGGCCGACUUCUUUAACAUCCUCAAUGAGAUCAUCAUGAAGAUGGUCUCCAUGAUAAUGUGGUACUCUCCUGUGGGUAUCGCCUCUUUGAUCUGUGGCAAGAUAGCGGCCAUCGGGGACCUGGAGGUGGUGGCCCAGCAGCUGGGCAUGUACAUGGUGACUGUCACGGUGGGCCUGAUGGUCCAUGGGGGCAUCAUCUUGCCGCUCAUCUUCUUCGCCGUCACAAGAAUGAACCCCUUUGCCUUUUACUCAGGCAUCUUCCAGGCCUGGAUCACCGCCCUGGGCACAGCCAGCAGCGCGGGGACGUUGCCCGUGACCUUCCGCUGUCUGGAGGAGAACCUGCGGAUCGACAGGCGUGUGACCCGCUUCGUGCUGCCCAUCGGCGCCACCAUCAACAUGGAUGGCACGGCCCUGUAUGAGGCCGUGGCUGCCAUCUUCAUCGCUCAGAUGAACGACGUCAAGCUAGACAGCGGGCAAAUCGUCACUGUCAGCAUGACAGCUACUCUGGCCAGUGUGGGAGCGGCCAGCAUCCCGAGCGCCGGCCUGGUCACCAUGCUGCUCAUCCUGACGGCAGUGGGCCUUCCUACCCAAGAUGUCAGCCUGCUUGUUGCUGUGGACUGGCUCCUGGACAGGAUGCGCACCUCCAUCAACGUGCUGGGGGAUUCCGUUGGUGCCGGCAUCGUGGACUUCCUGUCACGGGAGGAGCUGGCAGCAACUGACAGGGACCUCUCCCUGACAGGGGACGUGCUGCCACUUGUCCUUACGGAAAUGGAUCUGGUGUACCCCCUGAAACCCCCCAAGCUGCCCCCCCGCUCACCAAGGCUGCCCUCACCAAACCAUCAUGCCUGCCCCCCUUCGCUUCUCUGCUCACAGCCUCAGUCCUGCACACCGUCUCCCCCCUCAGGCCACUCCCACUCCUCCGUGUCCCUGUGCCCCCCCUCCCCCCAGCUGCGGGGUCGACCCUCGACCAGCCUUCUCCGUGCCACUGAGCCUGGAUACUGCAUCCUGCCGUCACAUGACCCGCAGGUUUCCAUCCUGCCUCACUCCAGCCCAGGAAGCAGAGAUCGGCUCUGUAAACAACAGCUAGACAGACACAGCGAUACAGAUGAGGAGAAGGAAAGAAGUGAUGGAGAGGAAAGCGAUGACACAGCCUAUGACCGGAGACAUGACAUCCUACACUGAGAAUUUUGCUGUCAUUCCUUCCCAUCACCAGUGGGUCACAUGAACAUACCUACUUCGUACCUUCUCAGUCUGCAAGCCUCGUUUCUGUGCUGAUCACAGUUAUUACCAUGAAAAAUCACAUUUUCCACAUUUUAGUUUUGAGCAUGUGUGAUUUGUUGUUUGGGUAACAUAGUUCUUAGGGCACUAAGCUAGGACAGGAUUUGUGAAGUACCAUUUCAAUUAAAGGGACCUGAAAUUUACUUAAGCACUGAGCUCUUGCUGUGUUCUGAUUGGUUAGUCUCCUAUAAUCAUGCAUGUAUCACUAAUAUGAAUGCGAAACAGCUGGACGAAUCUUUCAAUCAAUAGUGGAAGAAGAAAGCUGAUUGGCCAAUAACAGGAUCCUUUAAAAUAAAAGUAAUUUGUAAAACCUGAAGUAGCUCAAAGUGUGCUACCUGACAUGGAAUAUCUGGUCAUCCUGUCUUAGUUUAUCUGUAUUUAUGAGUUGCUUUUAUUAAGCUGUGUGGACUUAUGUCUCCCUAUAAAAUGUUGUAUG